AUGUUGAUACCAACCGAUGCUGAUGCUGAAGCUGAUGAUGAUGACGACGGCAACGACAACGACAACAACGAAGCAGUUAAAGAAGAAGAAUUUGCUUUGGAACGUAAACGUGGUCGUCAAACUUACACAAGGUACCAGACCCUGGAACUGGAGAAAGAAUUUCACUUCAAUCGUUAUUUGACAAGACGACGACGCAUUGAAAUUGCUCAUGCUCUCUGCCUAACUGAGAGACAAAUCAAGAUUUGGUUUCAGAAUCGUCGCAUGAAGUGGAAAAAGGAGAACAAAACAAAAGGCGAACCUGGUUCAGGCGGAGAAGGUGAUGAAAUCACACCACCAAAUAGUCCUCAAUAAACCAAUUAACAAAGAUUAUAUAUAUGUAUCUAUAUAUAUAUAUAUAUAUAUAUAUAAGCUAUGGAAAUGGAAGAUACAGUUAUUAUUCUAAUGAACGAAGCUAUGAGAACUAAACACAAUCUCU